UCCUCAAGGUCCCAGGAGUUCUACCAAAGCCCUGUGGAAUCUGUGAAAGCAGCUUCUACAAUGGUUUGUUCAGCUCUCAGAAGAGUUGCCCGCAUGCGUGUCUACCUGGUUAGGAAGGCCAGCAGUGUCUCCAGAGGCCAUCAGCAUCAGGCCUUGGGCUCAAGGCCUGCUGUUUCAGAGUUUACUGUCAGAGGAGCUCCAGGUGGUUUGGUGGAGCUGCUUGGUAAAUCCUACCCUCUGGACGACUACAGCAACCUCUCCCGGAAAGUCCUCUCCAGGGUUGGCAGAAAUCUGCACAACAAGCAGCAUCAUCCUCUUUGGCUGAUCAAGGAGAGGGUGAAGGAGCACUUCUACAAGCAGUACGUGGGGCGCUUUGGGACUCCACUGUUCUCCGUCUACGAUGACCUUUCUCCGGUGGUCACGACCUGGCAGAACUUUGACAGCUUGCUCAUCCCAGCUGACCACCCCAGCCGGAAGAAGGGUGACAACUAUUACCUGAAUCGGACUCACAUGCUACGAGCGCACACCUCUGCGCAUCAGUGGGACCUGCUGCACGCUGGGCUGGAUGCCUUCCUGGUGGUGGGCGACGUUUACCGGCGUGACCAGAUUGACUCCCAGCACUACCCUGUUUUCCACCAGCUGGAGGCUGUCCGGCUCUUCUCCAAGCAUGAGUUAUUUGCUGGCAUAAAGGAUGGAGAAAGCCUGCAGCUCUUUGAACAGAGUUCUCGUUCUACCCAUAAACAAGAGACACAUACCAUGGAGGCCAUGAAGCUCGUAGAGUUUAACCUUAAGCAGACACUUACCAGGCUUGUGACACAUCUUUUUGGAGAUGGGCUGGACAUUAGAUGGGUAGAUUGCUACUUUCCUUUUACUCAUCCUUCCUUUGAGCUGGAGAUCAACUUCCAUGGAGAAUGGCUAGAAGUUCUUGGCUGUGGAGUGAUGGAACAACAACUGGUAAAUUCAGCUGGUGCUCAAGACAAGAUUGGUUGGGCCUUUGGCCUUGGAUUAGAAAGACUGGCCAUGAUCCUCUAUGACAUCCCAGACAUCCGCCUCUUCUGGAGUGAGGACGAGCGCUUCCUGAAGCAGUUCUGCUUGUCUGACAUCAACCAGAAGGUGAAAUUUCAGCCUCUUAGCAAAUAUCCUGCUGUGAUAAAUGAUAUUUCAUUCUGGUUGCCUUCUGAGAAUUACACAGAAAAUGAUUUCUAUGAUUUAGUCCGAACAAUUGGAGGAGACCUGGUGGAAAAAGUUGAUCUUAUAGACAAAUUUGAACACCCAAAGUUUCAACCAUGGUGGUGCCUUCUUCACUUCUAAAGACUUUCUUCUGUUUGCGGCAUGUCCAGCUUCCUCAGGAAGGAGGAUCUGAUUGGUCUAUAGAGUCACCACCAGGAUGCGGGCCUCUGUUGGACAGAGCUCAGAUCACUCAUUACUGCAUGACCAGCACCCGUUUUUGGUCCAUUCAUCAGAGGCCUGCUGCUAGGGUCUUGUAGGCUGAACACGGAGACUUAUACAAGGGCAGUGAGGGCAACAGGCAAUCUGAGCCUUCCCAUAGCAGUGCUCAAACUGUCAGGCAGCUUAUCUAGCCUGUCCACUACUAGAUAAAACAUACUUCUUAAGAGUUUUCUCUGAGAUGCGUGUGCAAUUAAGUUGAUUGUUGUAGUAGAAAGAGACCUGCUUUCUAACUCCAUCUUCUCUCUCAUUUGGACAAGUCAGUUAGCAUCUUUGAGCCACUGGUUCAUCAUCUUAAAAAAAAUGGUAUAAUAACCUUAAAAGUAGUAUUGUAAGUUUAAAAUGAGAUGAAGUUUUUAAAAGUACAUUCUAGUGUUUUACAGCAAGGUGAUUGGAUUUUUAAUUUUAACAUGUUUUUUUCAGCUUUCUAUUUGGCUGCGAGUGUGUUCCCAAUGCCUGUUACUGUACCUUUGUACCUUUGUCAUGGGAACUAUCAUUUAACUGGAAGCCAUGUUGGUUUCAGUGUAUUUGGAAUUUGCAUGUGAAAUGUUAUAAUGUUUAUACUCUACACUUAAAGAACUCCUGAAGAUUUGAGUUCAUCUGGGAUUCAUGUCAGACAUAUUCAGAAUAUUAUUGGAGAUUUUCAGGAAUGAGAAGUAAAUUCUUCUUGCUUACGUA